UAAACGAGCGUAUUGAGCCGUCGCAUUCGUCUCUUGCUUCUCAGCCCAUUCGCCGAGCACGACCGCCGGCGUACGAGGUUUCGCGCGUGGCUUCGCCUUGUGCACUUCGGUUGACUGUAACACUCGUUUUCAUAACUUGUUUUAUUCUUUUUUGUAUGUAUUAAAGUAGUUUCGAAGGUCGAUCGUUUGUUCGUCCUUUCUGGGAUUCUCGAGUUGUUUUGGUCGAUUGUGGUAGGGCUGGCAGUGCUGCGCUUGGAUUCGGGGAUGGCGUGAUCGAUUUGGGGGGCGUUUUGGGAGGUCAGAGGGUUUUAAAAAAUCUGAUCUUGGUAUCGGAUCUGGAGGAAUCCUCUCUGGAGAAAUGGAGGAGGAGCACUUUUCUUGGGUGCUGAGGUCGAAGUUUGCGCACGCCACGCGCCGCCCCCGUACGAGAUCGGUCUCCGAACGGGAACUGCUGGCCGAGUUGUCCAAGGAACCGGAUGAUGUUUUAAGUUUCCAUUCUAAUAGGUUUUCUCCCUGUGAGCCCCCGUCGGGACUGAAGAGCUCAAUCGCGGAAUUGCAGACGCAAAACUCCAGAAAGUGCUUGAAUUUCCAAUGUGGCGAUCCAUGGGAGGGAAAGAAGCCGAGCUGCCUCGGUGCCGAUGGCUCUGAUUUUUCUUUCUGUCCUGGAGGACAUCCGGCCUCGAAAUCAGAUGGAUUGAUCUCUCCUGAUGUCACUGGUUCGAGGUUUUCAAUUUAUGAUCUUAAAACAGAAGGAUUAAGCUCUUCAAAAGUCUCUCCUUCUUCUUCUUCUAUCAAGGUGAAAUUGGAUGCCAAGCAAAAUCACAAUCCAGAUUCAAAACCCAAGGAAAGGUCGAUAUCACCUCUUCCCACCACCAACCUCUCUGAUGCCUUUAAGGAAGCUCACUUGGUCAAGAAGAGAUCUUCGACUCCGCCGUCUUCCAGGAAGAAGAGUGAUAAAGUUCAUGAUGGGCACUACGAGGUUUCGGGGAGAAAUACUUUGGAGAAGAGUCAUCCUAAGCAUUCAUUUCCCUUCAAAGCCCCUGAUAAGUCUGGAUCUCGGAAGGAAUCUUCUUGGGUAAGCUGCUUUGAUCAUGGAGGAGGGAAGGUAGCUGCCUUGGAAAUGACAGAAAAGUGGAAUGUUGAUCUUUGCGAGUUAUAUUUUGGGCUUAAGUUUGCUUCCGGUGCUCAUAGUAAGUUGUACCAUGGUAUUUAUAAGGGUCAACCUGUUGCCAUUAAAAUUAUUAGGCAACCUGAUGAUGACGAUAAUGGAUUGUUUGCUGCUCGACUUGAGAAGCAGUUCACUAGGGAAGUUACCAUGCUGUCACAUCUCUACCAUCGCAAUGUGAUUAAGCUCACGGGGGCAUGUAAGCAGCCGCAGGCCUUUUGCAUUAUCACUGAGUAUCUUCCUGGAGGCUCUUUAAGAGCAUUUUUGCACAAACUUGAGCACAAAUCUCUUGCUAUUGAAAAACUAGUUUCAAUUGCUUUGGAAAUUGCACGAGGAAUGGAGUAUAUUCAUUCCCAAGGAGUUAUUCACCGUGACUUGAAGCCUGAGAACAUUAUUUUUGAUCAAGAUUUUUGCAUAAAGAUUGUUGAUUUUGGAAUUGCAUGCGAGGAAGCAUAUUGUGAUGCACCGACAGAGGAUGCUGGCACUUAUCGUUGGAUGGCGCCUGAGAUGAUCAAACAUAAGCCAUAUGGCCGGAAGGUUGAUGUGUACAGCUUUGGAUUGCUCUUAUGGGAGAUGGCAACAGGGAAAAUUCCAUAUGAGGAAAUGACACCAAUCCAAGCGGCUUUUGCAGUGGUCGAUAAGAACUUGCGGCCGCCCAUUCCUACCAAUUGUCCUCCACCUCUGAAAGCCCUGAUAGAGCAAUGCUGGUCAAUACUUCCAGAGAAGCGACCUGAAUUUUGGCAAAUUGUCAAGGUUCUGGAGCAGUUUGAGGCUGCUCUAUCUCAAUAUGGAACCCUAAAUCAGCUUCUGAACUCGAGCUGCCAGGAUCAUAAGAAACGAUUAAUCCAUUGGAUGCAAAAGCUCAAAAGUCACUAACACUGAGAUGGCUCAGCUUCUCCCAUGUCCAAACUUCCUUAACUCGCGUUCCUUUUGGGAAUUUUGGUGCAUAUCAUCAAUAACCUGCUGACAGAGACAGGCAGUACUGGUGUAAGUUGGGCAGACAAGAAUGGACGUAUCCAAUUCACCUGGUCGAGGAAGGGCCGACCGAAAUGGACUCACCAUGGUAGGGUAUUUGGUGGAGGUCCUGCCCCACCAAGCACCCAGCCCUCGCCGGCGAAUCAACGCCGAGGUAGCUGCUGUGCCGGCGUACGUACGUGCUAGCGUCACGCUCCUGUCUGCCACAUCGAUUCACCAACAAUAUCUCAUGCCGGCGUGGUGUGGGUCCAUGUCUAAGUUCAUGGGUAGUGAGAAGUAGGGACGCAUUUUGCAAGUUUCUUGUCCCUCCCUUCCUUUCAUUUCCUUCUUCCUAGGUAAUUAAAGAGAUAUUGUCAAUUUUUUUUUUUUUACUUUGCCUUUCAACUUCAAAAUAGGAUGUAGUACUUUUAAUGUAAUUAUAAAUAUAAAAAAAAUCAGCAAUGGACCAAAAAGUGUAUUUAAAAUUAUGAAAAUAUCAAAAGACGCAUUUAAAUUUUCGAA